UGGCAGACGCAUCGUCUGGAGGAUGAGGGGAUGGUGUGGGACAGUAAAAGAGGCUGGUCCAUCCCUAGACAGACCUUAGACUCUAUACCUUUCCUCUUCGGGUUUUACUGCCUAGCUACCCUACAAGGGAUAGAGUACCGCUCUAUCCUCUACCUGGUGCACUCCACAGGUAACUAUGUACUACCUAGUAUACACUACCUAGUACACAGCCACCCUGCAUGAAAAAGAUUACCAGAACACACACUCUACCUAGUAUACACUACUAGUACAGGUAGAGGCCUGAGUAUCUACAUACUACAUGUCUCUCUAUAGCAUUAGAGAUCCCACUCUCAACGGUCUAAAGUGGGAAACAUAGGACACAUUACAACAUAUUUAUAAAAUAAAGAGUAGGAGGGUAAUUUAAUUAAGGGAGAACUGAGACAACGAUUCUUAGAAGCGCUCAGCACUCAUGGCUGUCUUUCUGCCUGCUGUCUAAAUGUCUGGUUGAGACUGAACUCUGUGAGACCUGUGGAUCUGGAGUCCCAGUGUUAUUGUAUGAGAUCACUCACCUCUCAGAAACUGCAUCCCAAAUGCCACACUAUUCCCAUACUUCUGACCAUGGAAUAGGGUGCCAUUUGGGACUCACUUCUCAGAGUCUCUCAGUCCAGUCCUGAAGAGAUUACCUUUAGCCACCGGCCCGGGCCAACAGAAACAGACUCAUGGCUCUGAGGAAACAGCCUUCCAUCACGUCAUCACUCUUUACGCAGAUGGAGCGUUAAGACAAACAGACGCUAGCUAGCUAGCUCACACCCAGUACAGAUACAGUAUCACCUUCAUACAGACGCUAGCUAGCUAGCUCACACCCAGUACAGAUACAGUAUCACCUUCAUACAGACGCUAGCUAGCUAGCUCACACCCAGUACAGAUACAGUAUCACCUUCAUACAGACGCUAGCUAGCUAGCUCACACCCAGUACAGAUACAGUAUCACCUUCAUACAGACGCUAGCUAGCUCACACACCAGUAACAGAUACAGUAUCACCUUCAUACAGACGCUAGCUAGCUAGCUCACACCCAGUACAGAUACAGUAUCACCUUCAUACAGACGCUAGCUACUAGCUCACACCCAGUACAGAUACAGUAUCACCUUCAUACAGACGCUAGCUAGCUAGCUCAACACCCAGUACAGAUACAGUAUCACCUUCAUAACAGACGCUAGCUAGCUCACACCCAGUACAGAUACAGUAUCACCUUCAUACAGACGCUAGCUAGCUAGCUCACACCCAGUACAGAUACAGUAUCACCUUCAUACAGACGCUAGCUAGCUCACACCCAGUACAGAUACAGUAUCACCUUCAUACAGACGCUAGCUAGCUAGCUCACACCCAGUACAGAUACAGUAUCACCUUCAUACAGACGCUAGCUAGCUAGCUCACACCCAGUACAAAUACAGUAUCACCUUCAUACAGACGCUAGCUAGCUAGCUCACACCCAGUACAAAUACAGUAUCACCUUCAUACAGACGCUAGCUAGCUAGCUCACACCCAGUACAAAUACAGUAUCACCUUCAUACAGCGUCACACAGAGUUUUUAAGAUUCCUCAUUUUUUCCAAUGAGAGCAGAGCGCUAAAACUUAAGUUUCACAAUUAGAAAGAUCUUGGCCGGGCGCUAAUACUCUUAACGUUUUCCUAAUGACAGGUGAAAGGACUGGAUUAAGACCGUUUGUUUUCCCCUAUCAAGUCCUCACAGAUUAGGGGCGACAGUUUGAAAGGUGGACAUUUCUACAGAUUAGCUCAGCCUCGAGUCGACACAGCUAGCCCACUCCAGCCAAAAACAAUGGCUGUGCCCUGUUCAAAUACUUAGUUCAACCACCCUUCCUCCCUUAGUUGAAGUAAUCACUGAUCUGUAAUGACUGGAUAGGUGUAAAGCAAUGCAACUUUCACUGACUCAAUGUUGGUACAUAGAUAAUUACUUCAAGGAAGAGAGAAAGUGAGGAUGUGAGUUAAAAGUAUGGGAACGGUGCCAGCGGCCAGGGACAUGGUUGGGCCAGCCAAAGAGACUCAGCUUCUCUGGGCCAGCUCUGUUUGUCGUACACCGGGACGUCACUGUGGUGGUGUCGCGGUGACUGCUCUCACUUCCCCCCCCCCGACAGGAAGUCAGGUUUACGACGUCAAGCUGUAUCCCGAGGACUCGGUGGAGCUGAUCACGGGGGAAGCCCUGACGCUCAACUGUACCGCCACCGUAGAGUUUGACACGCCCGUCGAGUUCCAGUGGUCCUAUCCUGGAAAACAGGUACGGUAGAGAAAAGCAUAGUUUGCACACUUUACGGAGAUCCAGGUAAAUGUUAGGGAAAAAAACCUACAUUUGAAUGGACUAGAACCUAUGGCAAGAGAUCAGUGUAGCUGCUGCUCAGAUUAAGCUAAUUGACUGAAAUACGACCAGAGAUGGGCAUUUAAUUAUAUGCUUCUAUAUGUAGCUUGGAUUAAGAGGAACUAUCAAUCAAUCAAAUGUAUUUAUAAAGGCCUUUUUACAUCAGCAGAUGUCACAAAGGUUAAUAACUAGGUUAAUAGAUGGAUAUAUGAGUAUAGACUGUCUUGUUUAUAUGUCUUUAAAUUUCUCAGUCUCUCUCUCUCCCCCUCUCUCUCUCUCUCUCACCUCUCUCUCUCCCCGCUCUCUCUCCCCCCCCCCUCCCUCUCUCUCUCUCCCCCCCCCCCCCCCUCUCUCCCCCCCCUCCCUCUCUCCCCCCUCUCUCUCUCUCUCUCUCUCUCUCUCUCUCUCUCUCCCUCUCUCCUCUCUCUCUCUCUCUCUCUCUCUCUCUCGUCUCUCUCUCUCUCUCUCUCUCUCUCUCUCGUCUCUCUCUCUCUCUCUCUCUCUCUUCCCUCUCUCCCACCUCUAGAUGAACAGUACAGUGGGCAUAGUGCACAAGCGUAACUCUCUCCCUCGGUUCACGGAGGCAGUCAGCAUCCUGACCAUCCAAAGCGUCAACGUCACCGACACCGGCACCUACACCUGCUCUGCCAUCAUUGUGGAGAAAAUACAGGAUCUGGCAACCCAAGUCAUAGUGCAUGGUAAGAACAAAGUUUGAAACCUGGGCCUUCUGUGUGCCAAAAGACUGCGUUAGCCCACUGAGCUAAAGCCUAGGUAAUAAGAGAUCUUGCCUAAGUCUUUCGGUUUCUUAUUACGCAAGUAUGCUUCACCAAACCUUCUCUGCUAAUGUUUGCCCUCCUACGUUUGCGCGUGCGUGCGUGCGUGCGUGCGUGUGCGUGUGUGUGUGUGUGUGUCCUGUUGCAGAGAAGCCAUUCAUCAGCCUGGACUACAGGAGCGGCCCGGUCAUCGAGGCAACAUUAGGACAGAAGUCCUUAAAACUGUUAGUCAAGGUGUCAGCAUACCCCACACCUGACAUACAGUGGUAAGACCAUCAUGUUAACUAUCUGACAUGGAACAUUGAUGUCCGUUUAGCCAAUCAGAGAACAGCAUGCUGACAUUCUGUGUUUAGCCAAUCAGAGAACAGCAUGCUGACAUUCUGUGUUUAGCCAAUCAGAGAACAGCAUGCUGACAUUCUGUGUUUAGCCAAUCAGCUGCAGUUAGCUAUUCUAGCUUGCUGAUAUCGAUCUGACAAGUCCCAAAGUGUACCCUGUUUCUGGUGCAUGUAUUUAAUAGUACUUGUUUGCUACAUCAAGUUCAACUUUGUAUUCCUUUUUGUUUGAAUCUUCUCUCAGGUAUAAAGGUGAUAAGUUGAUCAGCCGUCGUCCAGAGUUCAACAGGAUGCGUCUCCAUCAGCGCCAUGCCUUAGAGAUCAGAGACGUUCACCCUGAGGAUGCUGGGAACUACACCGUCCUCCUCAAGAACACCGCCGCCCUGCUGGAGAGGAGACUCACCAUCACACUCAUCGUCAACGGUAACCAUCGCCAUAACCAUCACACUCAUCAUCAACUGUAACCAUCACCAUAACCAUCACCCUCAUCGUCAACGGUAAACAUCACCAUAACCAUCACACUCAUUGUCAACUGUAACCAUCACCAUCACACUCAUCGUCAACAGUAACUAUCACCAUCACCAUCACACUCAUCGUCAGCGGUAACUAUCGCCAUCACCAUCACACUCAUCGUCAAGGGUAACAAAUAGAGAAAUAAACUAAUAACAAGAAACAUUUACAAAUAAACAACAGCACCUGCUGCAUAGGAGGAUCACCGUCAAACUAUUGUCAGCGGUGUAGUUAAACACACACACACUCUCAGCGGUGUAGUUAAACACACACACUCUCAGCGGUGUAGUUAAACACGCACACACUCUCAGCGGUGUAGUUGAACACACACACACUCUCAGCGGUGUAGUUAAACACACACACACUCUCAGCGGUGUAUUGAACCCCCCGGUGUAGUUAAACACCACACACUCUCAGCGGUGUAGUUGAACACACACACACUCUCAGCGGUGUAGUUAAACACACACACACUCUCAGCGGUGUAGUUGAACACACACACACUCUCAGCGGUGUAGUUAAACACACACACACUCUCAGCGGUGUAGUUAAACACACACACACUCUCAGCGGUGUAGUUAAACACACACCCCAUCUCAGCGGUGUAGUUAACACACACACUCUCAGCGGUGUAGUUUAAACACACACCACUCUCAGCGUUGUAGUUGAACCACACACACUCUCAGCGGUGUAGUUAAACACACACACAACUCUCAGCGGUGUAGUUAAACACACACAACUCUCCGGUGUAGUUAAACACACCACUCUCAGCGGUGUAGUUAAACAACACACACUCUCAGCGGUGUAGUUAAACACACAACCUCUCAGCGUGUAGUUAAACAACACACACACUCAUCAGCGGUGUAGUUAAACACACACACACUCUCAGCGGUGUAGUUAAACACACACACACUCUCAGCGUGUAGUUGAAACAACAACACACUCUCACGGUUGUAGUUAAAACACACACACACUCUCAGCGGUGUAGUUUAAACACACACACACUCUCAGCGGUGUAGUUGAACACACACACCUCUCAGCGGUGUAUUAAACACACACACUCUCAGCGGUGUAGUUGAACACACACACACUCUCAGCGGUGUAGUUAAACACACACUCAGCGGUGUAGUUAAACACACACACACUCUCAGCGGUGUAGUUGAACACACACACACUCUCAGCGGUGUAGUUGAACACACACACACUCUCAGCAGUGUAGUUAAACACACACACACUCUCAGCGGUGUAGUUGAACACACACACCCCUCUCAGCGGUGUAGUUGAACACACACACACUCUCAGCGGUGUAGUUAAACACACACUCUCAGCGGUGUAGUUGAACACACACACCUCUCAGCGGUGUAGUUAAACACACCACACACUCUCAGCGGUGUAGUUAAACACACACAACACUCUCACGGUGUAGUUGAACACACACACACUCUCAGCGGUGUAGUUAAACACACACACCUCUCAGCGGUGUAGUUAACACAACAACACUCUCAGCUGUCGGGUAAGGUUAAACACCAAACACUCUCAGCGGUGUAGUUGAACAACAACACACAACUCGCAGCGGUGGUAGUUGAAACACACACACACUCGCAGCGGUGUAGUUGACACACACACACUCCAGCGGUGGUAGUUAAACACACACACACCUCAAGCGGUGUAGUUGAAAAACACACAACACACUCCAGCGGUGUAGUUUGAAGCCACACACCCGGUAGUUGAACACACACAACCUCUCAGCGGUUGGAGUUAAAACACACACAGACACGCUCAGCGGUGUAGUUGAACACACAACACUCUCAGCUGUGUAGUUAAAACAACCACACACUCUCACAGCGGUGUAGUUAAAACACACACUCGUCAGCGGUGGAGUUGAACACACACACACUCUCAGGCGGUGUAAGUUAAACACCACCUCUCAGCGGUGUUAGUUUGAAACACACACACACUCUCAGCGGUAGUUAAACACACACACACCUCAGCGGUGUAGUUAAACACACACACACUCUCAGCGGUGUAGUUAAACACACACUCUCAGCGGUGUAGUUGAACACACACACACUCUCAGCGGUGUAGUUAAACACACACACACUCUCAGCGGUGUAGUUAAACACACACACACUCUCAGCGGUGUAGUUGAACACACACACACUCUCAGCGGUGUAGUUAAACACACACACACUCCAAGCGGUGUAGUUAAACACACACACACUCUCAGCGGUGUAGUUGAACACAACACACUCUCAGCGGUGUAGUUUAAACACACACACUCUCAGCGGUGUAGUUGAACACACACACUCUCAGCGGUGUAGUUAAACACACACACUCUCAGCGGUGUAGUUGAACACACACUCUCAGCGGUGUAGUUGAACACACACACACUCUCAGCGGUGUAGUUAAACACACACACACUCUCAGCGGUGUAGUUAAACACACACACUCUCAGCGGUGUAGUUGAACACACACACACACUCUCAGCGGUGUAGUUAAACACACACACACUCUCAGCGGUGUAGUUGAACACACACACACACUCUCAGCGGUGUAGUUAAACACACACUCUCAGCGGUGUAGUUGAACACACACACACUCUCAGCGGUGUAGUUAAACACACACUCUCAGCGGUGUAGUUAAACACACACACACUCUCAGCGGUGUAGUUGAACACACACUCUCAGCGGUGUAGUUGAACACACACACACUCUCAGCGGUGUAGUUAAACACACACACUCUCAGCGGUGUAGUUAAACACACACACACUCUCAGCUGUGUAGUUAAACACACACUCUCAGCGGUGUAGUUGAACACACACACUCUCAGCGGUGUAGUUAAACACACACACACUCUCAGCGGUGUAGUUGAAAACACACACUCUCAGCGGUGUAGUUAAACACACACACUCUCAGCGGUGUAGUUGAACUGAGUUUGAUUUAUUUUGCCAAAAAGUUCAAGCUUCAAGCUAAAUCAAGUAGUUGUAAAUAUUAUAUGUAUUUAUUUGACCAAGGUCUGAUACUCUGAUUACACUCUCCCCCAUCGCUCUACCUUCCCCUCUCUCUCCCAUCGCUCUACCUUCCCCCUCUCUCCCCCAUCGCUCUACCUUCCCCAUCUCCCCCAUCGCUCUACCUUCCCCCUCUCUCCCCCACCUCCCCCAUUGCUCUACCUUUCCCCUCACUCCCCCUCCUCCCCCAUCGCUCUACCUUCCCCCUCUCUCUCCCAUCUACACUUUCCCCUCUCUCCCCCACGCUCUACUUACCUUCCCCAUCUCCCCCAUCGCUCUAAAACUCCCUCCCUCUCCCCCACCUCCCCCAUUGCUCUACCUUUCCCCUCCUCCCCUCCUCCCCCCUAUCGUCAUCCCCUCCCCCUCCUCCCCCAUCGAUCCUCCUUCCCCCUCCUCCCCAUCGCUCUCAAACUACCUCCCCCUCUCUCCCCCUCCUCCCCCAUUGCUCUAACCUUCCCCCUCUCUCCCCCUCCCCCCCAUCGCUCUAAACCUUCCCCCUCUCUCCCCCUCCUCCCCCAUCGCUCUAACCUUCCAAACCUUCCCCCUCUCUCCCCCUCCUCCCCCUCGCUCUAUACUCCUUCCCCCUCUCCCCCUCCUCCCCCAUCGCUCUAACACCUUCCCCCUCUCCUCCCCCUCCUCCCCCCAUCGAUCUAACCUUCCCCUCCUCCCUCCUCCCCCAUCCUCUAACCCUUCUCCCCCUCUCUCCCCUCCUCCCCCCUCACUCUAACUAACCUUCCCCCUCUCUCUCCUCCUCCUCCCCCUCCUCUAACCUCCCUCCUCCCCUCCUCCCACCAUCCUUACCUCCCCCCUCCCCCCUCUCUCCCCCAUCAGCUCUAAAAACACUUCCCCCUCUCUCCCUCCCUCCCAUCGCUCUAACCUCCCCCUCUCUCCCCCCCUCCUCCCACAUCACCUAAACUUCCCCCUCUCUCACACCCUCUCCCCCUCGACUCUACUACCUUCCCCCUCUCCACCCUCCUCCCCCGUCGCUCUAACCCCCCCACCCUCAGUUUCCCCCUCAGAUCCAUGAGAAGGAAAUAGCGGCCCCCUCUAACCCAUAUCGCCAUGGCAGCAGACAGACCCUCACCUGUACAGGGUACGGACGCCCCGCCCCCAACAUCACCUGGCAGUGGAGGGCAUGGAGCCCCUGUGGCCUCAACAGCACCCCACGC